AUGUCUAACUUUCCUCUAUGUCCACUUGCAGGAAAGAGCGAUGGGAAGAGCAAACAAAACAGCACUGUCAUCGCCAGCCCGAGGACCUUUCAAGGAGACGCCAUCCCAAUCAUUGUACCUCCUCCUCCAAACGAAACAACAGACCCACAAACAAACAUCCACCCAUCCGCCGUUGAUGUUGAAGUCAAGUUACGAAGCAACAACACGGCAAACUACCUCCAAGGACCUCUGAGUAAUAGGUUCAUCCCAGCCGUCUACAUCAUAGCCGUCGUUGUCGGCAUUCGCAAUAUCGCCAUCUUGGUUUCCGUUGGAACCAAAGUGCGGGCCAUUUCAUCGGCUAUUUUGUACUGUAGCUUGGCAGCGUCCGACUUGCUGCUGUUGUUCAGCCUGCUGCUGAAGGUGCACUAUCAUCUCAGCGGAAACCAUUGGAUAUUCGGCGAAACCGCUUGUCGUAUCACAACCGCCUGUUUUUACGGAAACCUUUACUGCUCUGCUUUCACACUAGCAUGCAUUAGCAUCAAACGCUACCUAGCUGUGGUUCAUCCUUUCCUUUAUAAGAGCUUGCCGAAGCGCUCAAUGACCACAUGGGGUUGUUUAACCGUCUGGAUCGUAUUUAUCAUCGCCCUUCUGCCGGAAUUCCUAGUGAAACAAAGCUACCGCAUCACAGAUCUCGGAAUAAUCACAUGCCACGACGUUCUCCCUGCUGGCUUAAGUAACUACCAAUGGCUUAUCUAUUAUAACUUAGGCUUGACCUGUGUAGGUUUUUUCCUGCCUCUAGUGGUGACAGUGACAUGUUACACUUCUAUCAUCUGGCACCUGAACCGUUCACACCAAGACUGGGCUCUUUAUAUCAGAGCUAGCACGUUUAACUUCAUUAUCUUUGUUUUGUGCUUCGGCCCGAGCAGCUGCCUUCAUUUCGUGCAUUAUAUCAUGCUUUCUAUCGGCUUUACAGAGAGUCUUUACAUCUACUUCAGUGUGGCAGUGUGUCUGUGUUGCUUGCAUAGCGCUCUGGAUCCGUAUCUGUUCGUGCUCAUGUCCAGGACUGUCGGAACCAAACGCUACUUCCUUACACGCAAAGGACAUACGCUUAGCCUCUCUGCGUAAAUCAAUAUGAAAUGUGUAGAGUGCAACCCAUUUAACUUCCCUAAUCUUUGAAACUGGAUUCAGUCAAAUGUGAUUUUCAUGUUGACAAUAUUAUUCUAAAAGGAGAUUUCUAGAAUCAAGGUUUUUUUUGGUUUCGAUUUUUGUUUCUGAACCUCUUUGUUCUAGAUUUAAAGUUUUUAAUAUGUGAAGUGCCACGAGGAGAACUAAUAGUUCCAGUUUAAGCCAGAAUCGGUUGGACAGGAGCAGGAUCUUUAUACUGAAUGCAAAUGGAGAGUCAUUUGAAUGGCCCUGAAAGAAAAGGAUGUAAUAUACUGCCUGGACUGUGUGUUUUGAAUGUUACAUAAAGCCUUGUUGACCAAGGCAAGGUUUGUCUGUAUAGGUUAUCCUUAUUUGUAUAGAGAAUUCAAAUGUUGUACUAUAAUGCCUAUAUUUAAACUCGCAUGAUUUUAAAGCACAGCAUUAAUAUAGUCAUUAAAACAAAUAAAA